AUCCACAUCAUCGUCAAGUCAUCGCCAUCAUGAUCGACCUACAUGCCAUCAUCACGCCGUCCCUGCUCGAGCAGCUGGCACAGGCCCGCAUACCAUGGUCCAAGGACGAGAUCGUCACGGGCAACGCCAUGAUCAAUGAGAACUUUAGCGACGAAAUCACCCUCUCGCGCCGCGCCCAUAUCGCGUGGCCCGCUCUGGUGGCCAUCAGCGAAAAGUACGGCCCACACACGGUCCCUGACAUGACCAGCUUCCUCCCGCCUGUCGAGGCGCCCACCUUUCCCGAGCAGGCUCUCGGCCUGCAAGUUCUCCUCGACCAGUGUCCACGCAUUCUAUUCUCGGGCGUCGACGGCCGCUGGACUAGCUACUUUGAUCGCAUCGUCAGAAGGCUCUACGACGAGUUCUUUGGCGGACAUGUCCUUCCAGAACAGCGGCCCUGGGCGCGCAACCGCUGGCCUGACGCCUCCUUCGAGUAUUGGUUCUGCGCCGCCUGGGAGCUCACCGCCUCCAUGGCCCACCAGGAGUCCGUGCCGCACCAGGAGGACUCGGUCGCCGGCGUGGAACGGCUGCGCUGCCUGGUGGAGGCGCACGCCGGGGUGCGCGACCCAGUGCGGGACAGUGAUGGCAGGCACAGAUUGAGCGACGUGUAUGCAUUCC